GCGUGAAGCCCACCUGUGACACACGCUUCUUCUCCAAUCUUCCUGUCCCUGCAAGCCUUCCCUUCCACAAUUCCAUCCCCCUUUCCCUUCUGGAACUCUCCCGCUGCUCCGCAUUCCGUCGCUUCACUUCCCGUAGCAGUCCUCACCGCCGCCUUCUUCUCCAAAUCCCCUGCAGCCCAAGCCCUCCACUCCCGUUCCCCGCACGCGGGCGAGACCGGAUGAGGCGCUCUACCAGCGACGCGACGCCGACGGUGGCGGCGGCGCUGACGAGCCCGAAGCCCGGCGCCACCAAGCGGCAGCGGGAGGCGGCGCCGCUCGGCGACGUCACCAAUAUCCUCCCCGAGACCCCGGCCCCGAGUAAGCCCAGAAGAAAUGCACGCCGCCGGCCCUUCUCCGCGCCCUCCGACGCCUCCACUGCCUCCUCCACCUGCUCCUCCUCCGCCUCGUUCACCCCGGCGCUCAAGACGUCCUCCUCCGCGUCGGCCACCCCCGCGCCCAAGCCGCCGCCGUCCUUCACUGCCUCCGUCACGCCCGCGCCCAAGCCGUCCUUCGCCGCCGUCACCGACGAGGAGGGGAGCGCGUUCAAAUCUCCGACCAUUUGCACGGUCUAUGCGAGGCGCAGGACUACCGAGGCCGAGGCUGAGGGACGGAGCAACCCCACCAUCACCAACAGGGGCAAACAACCCAUCGGUGCUGCGGCGAGUUGCCCUCCUCUUGGAAAAUCUACGAGGAACAUUAGGAAAAAGGAUGCUCGACCCAUCUCGUCGUCAGCUACCUGCGGUGAAGCUAAAAAGAAGCUGCGGCCGCUUGCGAGGACACCCAAGUUGCCAGAGGAAUUUGUGAAGAAGCAAAAGGCAUACUUCGCAGAUGUGGAUGCCUUUGAACUGGCGGAGGAGGAGGUAUCAGAAUCCGAGCUGGAGUGAAACCUGAGAGCUGAAGGUCCUCCCCAGAACUACGUACGUGUCCUUCCUCCAUGUACAGGAGUAGUUACUUCUACGGCGAUGGGCGGCCAGGGCCCAGGGUCAUGUUAUCGAUGUAUAGGCAUAGCUAGGUCCUCUUGUAACACGCGGCUGAUCACUGGAGAACACCUCAGUAUAGGCAAGGCAACUAACGCCCGUAGGAAAUUAGCAAGGACGAGGGAGAUCGACUUCCAAGCGUAUGAGAGCACAGUGGAUGGUGCUGGGUAGAAUGUGGUGUGCGCUUUUGAUCUUUUUUGCAGCGUAGUACAACACGGCUACAGGCAUGUGGAAUGGAUGGUGGUGAUAUCCGGAUCUAGACAUCAAGUAGUGGUGCUCCUUGUGCCUUCAGAGCCAGCAUCUGUGUGUGUGCUUUUUUUAAUGGCGGCCGAUGGAUGUUGCGUAUGGCUGCAUUGGUACUUUUGAAGUCAAUGAUCUCCAUCCAGUUCUCCAAAUCUCCGAUUUUUUUUC